AUGGUCAGAAGAAAGAUAAAAAGUUUAAAUAGAAGGCGACACCAGUAUUCGAUAGAGUACAAACUGAAUGCGAUCGCUAAAUGGCGGGAACUGAACGAAAACACAAGUCAAGCGGCGAGACACCCCGAUGUUAAUGUCGACCGCCAAACUUUGAAAGGGUGGAUAUUGAACGAGGAAAGUUAUCGUGCUAUGUCCAACAAGAAAGUGGCCAAACGACUCAGGAGAAAAACAAAAAUUAGUUCUGUGAAAUACGGUGAUCUUCAGAAAAACCUGGUUCAGUUCAUCCACAACUCAGAUCAGUCAGGGCUUUUGAAAAUUGUUAACAACUUACAUUUAAUUACUAAAGCUGCACCAUCCCAUCAGGGGCCAUCCAAUCAGGGCUAUUCUGGCAAACUAGGAACCACCAGAAGGACAAGGAAUACUUCUGCAACUUUAACUGCAUCUCCUGUUGUGAAUUCCUUGAGUCAACAUGAUUCUUUGUCACAACCAUCUGCUGCCAAAUUUCAAAAGAAAACUGGAAGACGAUUUGAAAACCAAUGCUUUGAAAAAAGAGAACAAAAACCAGUGUUUCAUUCAGUGCAACCAUCUCUUCCAUCUCGUACACAAAUGCAGAUGCAACAACCUUUACUGGUAGCUGCACCACCUCCCAUCCCUCCCCAACCAGUCCCAAGGCAAGUGCAAAUGUUGCCACCUCCAGUCCAAGUCACAGUGGCUAAGCCAAAGCCUGUAGAAAAGCCUCGACCCCGGGAAAAACAAGUAUUUGUUGUCUCAGAUCAUCAACGUUGUGUUAUGUCAAAUCUGGCCUCUCUCUGGAAAAGGGGAAAGUUCUGUGAUGCAGGUAUAGGCAAUGGAUUGGCAACUGUCAUGGUUCAUAAACUUGUUCUUUCUGCUGUGUGCCCUAAAUUGCUUUCUGUGUUCGACAUGGAUAUAUUGUCUAAUGAGUUUCUGCAAGUGAAUUUCCCAGUGGAAGUCAGCACAGAUGCACUGAAUGCAUUUGCUGAAUACAUGUACAAAGGCAUUUUAGAUUUAGACUGUGACAUUUUGGAACAACUAAAGAUUAUUGCCAGGAGACUGGAUAUGAAAGAAUUUGAACAAUUGUGUGAUAGCCAUCUUCCAAACCACAUGCACCAACCUACUUUGGCUGCUGCUGCUUCCUUCUCUAACAUUCCCUUGAUUCAAACGACCAUGCCAAUCAAUCCUAUGACUUCAUUUGGAUCUGCUGCUUCAACUUCCAUGCAAUCUGUUCCAUCUAUCUCCACUCAGGUUAUUAAUAUCAAACAAGAAAUCUCCGAAGCCGAACUCACCCAAGUCAAGAAAGAUACAGCUGCAAUGUAUGACAAGGAAUUAGUGGUGUCAUCACUGGCUCCACACAAAUCUGGAAAUACUGGCAGCUCUGUUACUAGGCCUAGAAUAAAGACGGAACCAAUUGGACCAGAAGACGAAAAAUAUGGCCACUUGGGCAGUAGCAGCAGCAACCAAGCUCUCACACUGACCACUUCAUCUUCCUUAUCCUCAUCAGUUGCCCCAGCAUCCUCCACAGAAUUUGCCACUCCUUUCUUAGAAACAAAAGAUGUAAAAUCUACCAAAUUAAAAGCCAUUCACUCUUAUGACGUUCCUGUUGUGUCAGACUUGUCACCUGUUUCAUGUAUUGUUCAAACGAUGUGUUGCCAAUCAAGUUCUGUGAAUAAAGACACUUUCAAACCAUUAAAUCAACCAUCAGACACUCUACCUUCUGUUGUUCCCCCAAAGACAACAAGUACUAAUGGAGCAGCAGUUUAUCCAGUCAGACUUUUUACUGCAAGGGUAACCUCUCCCCAUUUGUACUCCCUUCCUGCUUUUUUUUUUGUAACCCCCCCUUUUGUACAUUCUUCCUGCUUUUUUGCAAUCCUCUCCCCUUUUGUACAUUCUUCCUGCUUUUUUUUUUGUAAACUCCCUCCCCUUUUGUACUUUCUUCAUGCUUUUUUUUGUAACCCCCCUCCCCUUUUGUACUUUCUUCCUGCUUUUUUGCAAUCCUCUCCCCUCUUGUACUUUCUUCCUGAUUUUUUGCAAUCCUCUUCCCUUUUGUACUUUCUUCCUGCUUUUAGUAACCUCUCCCCAUUUGUACUCCCUUCCUGCUUUUUUGUAACCCCCUCCCCUUUUGUACUUUCUUCCUGCUUUUUUGCAAUCCCUUCCCUUUUGUACUUUCUUCCUCCUUUUUGUAACCCCCUCCCCUUUUGUAUUCUUCCUGCUUUUUUGCAAUCUUCUCCCUGCUUUUUUAUACCCCCCCCAUUUGUACUUUCUUCCUGCUUUUUGUAA